AUGCGCACUCCGGUGGUGAUGACGCUGGGGCUGGUGUUCGCGCCUUGCGCUCUGUUGCUCAACUUGAUCAGCACGCUGGCGCCCGGCUGGCGGCUGGUGAAGGGCUUUCGGAACCAGCCGGUAGACGUGGUGCUGUUUCAGGGCCUGUGGGACAUUUGCCGAGAGCAGAGCAGCCGCGAACGUGAAUGUGGCCAGACCGACAGUUUGGGCUACUUCGCCGCGGAGCCGGUGCUGGCCGCGCGGGGUCUCAUGGUCACGUCGUUGGCCAUCACGGGCCUGGGGUUGCUGUUGGCCACGCUGGGCGUGCGCUGCUGGCGCGAUGAGCCUCACUACGUGCUCGCCGGCGUCUCGGGCGUGGUCCUCUUCAUUGCUGGCCUCUUCAGCCUUAUCCCGGUCUCGUGGUACAACCACUUCUUGGGGGACCGCGACGUCCUGCCCUUUGAGGAGAGCCCGGUCACGGCGCAGGUCAGUUACAGCUUAGUGCUGGGCUACCUGGGCAGCUGCCUGCUGCUGCUGGGGGGCUUCUCCCUGGCGCUCAGCUUCGCGCCCUGGUGCGAGGAGCGCUGCCGCAGGAAGGAGCCCCCCGCGCACCCGCGGCGGAGCAGCAUCAGCACCGUCUACGUGGACUGGCCCGAGCCUGCGCUCACACCUGCCAUCAAGUACUACAGCGAGGGCCAGCACCGGCCGCCGCCCGCCCAGCAGCCCGGCGCCACCGGCAAACCCAAGGUCGGCUUCCCCCUGCCGCAGCCGCGGCUCAAGACUUCCUACACCAACCCGGUGGACGUACUGGACGGCGAACGGGACAGGGCAGCCCGCUCGCAGGGCGCCUCCUCCCGCAGCACCCGGCCCUGCCAGAGCUCGCUGCCCUGCGACUCGGACCUGUAA